GCAGAUGAGCGGCUGAUCAGGUUCAGUUUGAUCGGCCCACGCUUGAGUUUAGCUGCGCGGUCGGUCGGUCGGUCGGUCGGUGAGUGAGUCACCUCCGGCAGAACAAACUCAACCGUACGACUCCUUUUUGGCUUUUAGUUCCAGCCCUGAACGACUAAAGGUUGAUCUUGAAGGUUGAUCUUGAAGGUUGAUCUUGAAGGUUGAUUGGGCGUCUCCAUGUCGGAGGAGGGGAGUGGGUGACAGAGAGACAGCGACGGGAGAGACGUCUUUGAGAAGAUGGCGGGCGUCGCGUUAACGCAGUAGAGAACCGUCUCCAGGCCGCCGAACCUCGUCCGUCCUCCAACUCCGUCCAGCCGUCCUCCCGCCGUCCUCAGAUGAUGGACGUCUCCUGGUCUCUCCUGCUUGUUUCCGCCGCCGUCGUCUUGUCCAUCGUCCUGCUGGUCCUGGUGUGUCUGGACUGCAGGAACAAAGGAACGCUGGUCUCCAUCCCGCAGUCGGCCGCCUCAGAGGACUACGUGCCGUCGACCCCGUUCAGAGUCAUCCACCCAUGUCAGCCCUCCACCGACCAGAGCUCCGCCCCUCUCCUCUCCGGCCCGCUGUCUCCGUACCCAAAUAAUUGUUUUGAUCCUGAUCGGAGACUCCGGUCCUUCACCCGGACGGAAACCGAGAGCAACCCGAGCUACGAGAACCCGGUCACCGGACCCGAAUCCCCGGAGAGCGACGCUGACGACCCCGGAUACGUAGACGUGCUUCCAGAAAUCAGCGUUUUUCCCACCACUCCGAGCCGAACGUCCACACCCAGUUCUGGACAGCACGACUACGAGAACAUGCCCAAACCGGAGCCGGAGCCGGAGCCGGAGCCGGAAUCGGAGCCGGAGCCGGAGUCGGAGUCGGAGUCGUCGUCGCUGCAGGGAAGUUCGGACUACCUCAACGUCAAGCCUGACGACUGCCGAGAGUCGACGCCAAACGUCAGCGACAGCGACAGCGACGACUCCGACAACUACGUGAACCAGCCCCCGAUGAUCCACAGCUAGCCCGGUGCAUGAUGGGAGUCGCCCGCCUCCAGCCCCGCCCCCCGCGAGCUGGCCACGCCCCCUCAGAGACCCCGGACCAGGUCCAGGUCUGGACCUGGUCCUCCCAGAACCAGGAUCUGCUGUGUUUGGGAUCCAACUUGAGUUCUGUGGAAAUGCAGAUCGUCAUCUUGUCGCUCCGUAAAGGUCGUUGACAUGUUGUCCCAGACCUGGACCUGGAUCCCAGACCUGGAUGUGGACCUGGUCCAGGUCCACAUCCAGGUCCUGGAUCCUGGACCAGGUCCUGGAUUAGAGGAACUGUUAUCAUCUCACCCGCUGCAGCGGUAUAAGAUACACGUAUCGUAUCACGAUACACGUAUCGUGAUACGAUACGUGUAUCGGAAUAUCAUGAUACGUAUUGUGAUAUACCGAUACAUGUAUAGUAUUCUAUACAUAUAUGAUACAUAUACGAUACAUAUACAUAUAUACGAUACAUUUACGUAUUGUAUCAUGCUACGGUAUCGUAUCAGGAUACAUGGAAUGUAUGUAUGUAAUGUAUGUAAUGUAUCACGAUAUGGUAUCGUAUCGUGAUACAUGAAUCUGGAUAUCACGAUACCUAUUGUGAUAUCCAGAUACAUGUAUCGUGAUACAUGUAUAGUAUACGAUAUAUGUAUCGUGAUACGGUAUCAUAUCGGGAUACAUGUAACGUAUCGUGAUACGUAUCGUGAUAUCCUGAACGCUCUGCCAGGAUCCUAGACCUGGUCCUGGACCUGGACCUGGUUCCAGCUGCUGCUUCUGCGUCUCAGAGCCGCCUCGCUUCGGGAAACAUCUCUCUUCUGUUCCCUAAACGUCGCGGCUCGUUCCCAAAGUUCCCGAUGUUUCCGACGUCCCCGUGGAAUCCCCGUGUCCAGGUGAGCUGCAAACCUGAGACCUCCCCCCCGCUCUGGACCGGUUCUCCGGUAGAACCUGCGGGUCCAGGACGCUCCGCCAGAGUCGGACGGUUGGGAACACUAAGUUCCCAGACGAAUCCGUUUCCCCUCCGACUCCGGCUCUUCCCGCCUCCCGGCGUCAGAUCUGGAAAGUUUUUAUUUUCUUCCAUUUUGACCAAGUUAAUAAAGUAAAAUACUUGGAUAUAUCACAAUGUUACAAAAGGGAUUGUAAUGAUACAUAUAUCCUGAUACAGUAUCGUAUCGGGAUUCAUGUAGCGUAUCAUGAUACGUGUAUCGGUAUACGAUACAUGUAUCGGGAUAUCACGAUACGUAUUGUGAUAUCCAGAUACAUGUAUCGUAUGUAUCACGAUACAUGUAUCAUGAUAUGGUAUCGUAUCGGGAUACGUAUCGUAUCACGAUACUUAUUGUGAUAUCCCCAUACAUGUAUCACGAUACAUGUAUCGUGAUACGGUAUCGUAUCGUGAUACAUGUAACGUAUCGGGAAAUGUAUUGUAUCAUGAAUACAUGUAUUGUGAUACAUGCAUCGGUAUCGUAUCGGGAUACAUGUAUUGCGAUAUCACGAUACGUAUUGUGAUAUCCUGAUACAUGUAUCGUAUACCGAUACAUGUAUUGUGAUACGGUAUUGUAUCGGGAUACAUGUAACGUAUCAGGAAACGUAUCGUAUCAUGAUACAUGUAUCCUGAUAUAUCGUAUCGUGAUACAUGUAUUGCGAUAUCACGAUACGUGUCGUGAUAUCCCGAUACAUUUUCUUUUCUUUUGAGCCGCAGACGAGCGCUCUGCUCCGCGACGAUCCGCCGGUGCGUUUCAGCUUUACUUUGAUUUUACUGACAACUCCUGAGAAAGUUAAUCCAGUCUAUUUAUGUGUCGUUGCCAUGGUUACACCUGAAUCCAGCUGUGUCAUGUACAAAUGUUUCUGAGCAACAAUAAAAAGAUAAACAAAAAGAGAGUUUGUGACGUCAUGU